AUGGCAGGCAUCGGUUCAUAUGGGAAGGUCAAUCCAAUGGAUCAAGAUAUUUUACAUCGCAAAAGAAAAAACAAGAGAAUCAUUAUCAUCGGCAUUUCCACCAUAGUACUCGUUGGCAUCGUGAUCGGUGCGGUGGUUGGAACCGCGGUUGGUAGAGACAAGAACUCGAGUGUAGAUCAACCAUCACAAGUCUCGGCCACUAUCAAGGCGACUUGUGGCGUUACCCUCUACCCCGAUACUUGCGUCCAAAGUGUCAUUCCAAUGGCCAACUCCACAAAAAAUGUCACGCCACAAGGUAUCUUUAGGUGGGCACUACAAGCGGCGAUCAACGAGCUCUCCGUUGUCUCGGAGCGCUUCAAUAUCCCCGAUGGAUCCUCCCCCGACAAUUUCACUGCCGCCGCUUUCGCCAAUUGUCGCGAUCUCCUCGAAUUGGCGAUGGACCAUCUGAAUGACACGGCAAACUUAUCUGGCGAUAUCACCUCUCCAAACACUCUAGAUGACAUGUUGACGUGGCUUAGCGCGGCUGGGACUUACCAACAAACUUGCUUGGAUGAUUUUGAGGAUUCUCUUAAUAGUACCGUAUCAAACUACCUUAAAACAUCGUCCGAGCUCACUAGUAACAGCUUGGCUAUAGUUAACAGUUUUGCCAAAGUGGCGAAUGAGUUCAAUUUUCAUCGUCGCCUUUUGAAUAGCGACGUUGACGAUUCGUCGGCACCUAGUUGGUUGUCGAGAAGUGGUAGGCGUUUACUUCAGGCACCGUCGGGGUCAAUACAGGUGGACGCGAUUGUGGCUAAGGAUGGAUCGGGGAAGUAUAAGACGAUAUCUGCAGCACUUAAAGCGGUCCCAGAAAAGAGCAAGACUAGGUUUAUCAUCUACGUGAAGAAAGGAGUUUAUCAAGAGAAUGUUGUGGUCUCAAAAAAUGCAUGGAAUGUUAUGAUUAUUGGGGAUGGUUUGAGAUCAACCAUAGUAACCGGUAACCUUAAUGUUGUCGACGGAACACCAACAUUUCAGUCCGCAACUUUCACUGUAAAUGGGAAAGGUUUUAUAGCAAGAGACAUGGGAUUCCGAAACACCGCGGGUGCGAUCAAGCAUCAAGCCGUUGCUCUAUUAUCGACGGCUGACCAAUCCGUCUUCUACGGAUGCUCAAUGGAUGCUUUCCAAGACACACUCUACCCUCAUUCCAACCGCCAAUUCUACCGCGAAUGUACUAUAACCGGUACUGUCGAUUUCAUAUUUGGAAACGCAGCUGUCGUCUUUCAAAAUUGCACAAUUGUCCCUCGACUCCCCAUGUCGGGACAACAAAACACCAUCACAGCCCAAGGAAAAUUGGACCCAAAUCAAAACACGGGAAUAUCCAUUCAAGGUAGCACCUUGAUCGCCUCAAAUGACCUCAAGGGUACGUCCAUCAAAACAUAUCUUGGUCGUCCAUGGAAGGACUACUCGACCACUAUUUUCUUUAACAGCAAUUUUGUGGGUAGUUUGAUUAAUCCAGCCGGUUGGUUGCCAUGGGUUGGAAACUCGGCUCCUGCUACAAUUUUUUACGCCGAAUAUCAGAACUUUGGAACUAGUGCAUCUACAAAAAAUAGGGUUAAGUGGAGUGGAUUGAAACUCAAUCUUACUGCCAAACAGGUCGCAAAAUUCACUGUUAAUCCAUUCAUUGAUGGAGCCAAUUGGUUGCCGGCUACCGCGGUUCCCUUUGUGCCCGGACUAUAA